AUGGCGUUAACAGCCAGAACGCACAGGAACCAUGGUUGUUGUGUUUCGGUCAACUCUGAAGUGUUUGUAAAAACAGAUGCUGAUACAGAGAAACUCCUUGAACAAGUAUUUGAAUGCAUCGCUGUUCCACAGUGGAAACGUGUCGAAAUUGAAGAUAGAGGCAGAAAAAGAAUGAUCAGAGCUCAGUGUUACGAUGGUGCUACCAACAUGUCUGGAAAAUUUCGUGGGCUCCAGGCUCUCGUGCGUGAACGUUCGCCGCAUGCAAAUUAUGUGCAUUGCAAGUCUCACUGCUUGAAUCUAGCGUUGGUCCAUAGUUCGAACAUUCCCUGUGUCCGAACUAUGAUGGGAACAGUUCAGGACAUUGGAUUCUUGUUCGAUUAUUCAACAAAACAUCUAGCAGCAUUCCAGAACGAGCUUUCUAGAGACGCACUAAACUUCGCUCGUGAGACACGGUGGUCCAGUCGCGCGGACGCAUUCGAAAUAUUCCAAAAUGCGUUCUCCGUAGUGGUCAACUCCCUUGAAACUCUUAAAAAAGACGGAGACGAAAAGGCAGGCCAGUAUUUGGUCGCUGUACUGCGCUUUGAAUUUAUAAUCUCACUUGUAGUGGCGCAACACAUAUUGAGCACUACCAUGAAGUCGACAAAUCUACUUCAGAAGGAAGACAACGAUCAACUACACGCUGUUGAAGAAACAAACGUCAUUGUCAAAUUGUGUAAUGACUGGAGGGCUGAUCCUGAUGUGUUGAACGGAAUGUACACGAAAGCAACGAUUAUAAGCUCAGGCUUUGACAUUCAACCAUCAAGGCCAAGAAGAGUUGUACAAGAAAUAGAAAGCCGUAUCCGGAGAAAUGAAGACAGAUACAGAGCAGAUCAUUUGUUGCCUUCAAAACUGGACAUUCUGCUGGACGACAUGCUGCCACCAAUUAAUGCUGCUUAUGCCCCUGAUCUCCAUGAAACAUUUGACACAUUUAAAACAGAAAUUGCACGAUGGAAAGUCAGAUGCAUCGCGGCCGCAAGUCCAUCUAGACUACAAGAGGCCAUCAAGGACCUGUAUCCUUGCAUAUUUACAAUAUUCGAGGUUCUGUUCUUCUUGUAG